AUGGCGGUCGUAGCCGCCUUGUUGGCAUUGCAGGCGGUUCUACACCUCAUCUCCUUGGAGGCCUUCCGCGUCGCGCCGUCCGGGCGCGCAGCGGCGGGUGGUCGUUAUCGCACAUUCUUCGCCGAACGCUCCAACAAUGGGCCGGUUUCCGACAGCAGCGCCGUUGGCGUCGUCGGCUGGCACGGAAGGUCGCCGAGUCUCCUCCGGAUGAGCUCGUCGGAUUCCUCCGAGAGCCUCGACACCAGCUACUCUGCGGAUAACUCGGAGAUGGACGACAGUGGCGUGGAGGCGGACUACAACCGCCAUGACGCGUUUGGAUACAGCACCCCUGCUGACCUAGGGUCCUCGAUGUACCUGUUGCUGCGCGUCUUCGAGAGUUCGCGGCUGAGGGAGGAGGGCGAGCUCCACGAGCUGUUGCGCCGCUAUUUGACGUCGCUGGUGCAGGAGGGCUUUUUCAACAUUCGCGUGUACCGCGAGUCUGCCGGCGGCACGCCUCCGCUGUUUAUGGUGGACUUCAACAGCUUCAAGGCGUACGACUUCGUGAGGGCGCAGCUGCUGUCGCGCGACCCGUCGGCAUCGGAGAUUCUCAACACGUUUUACUUCCACAUCUCCAGGUACAACCCGCCGACGGACUCGUACGCGAGCAGGCCGCGGUCGUACUUCAGAGUGCCUCGCUACGGGCGUCGGUCCAGUUCGUUUUCGCCUCGGCGCAUGCAGCGCAGGCUGUUCUUCGGCUCCAGCAGAUACGAGCGCGAGAUGGUGCCGCAGUACCAGCUGCCGCCGCCGCGCGUAACCGCGUUGUACCAGCCGUCGCCGCCCCCGCAGAUGAUACCGAUGCACAUGCCGCCCAUGCUGCACGCUCCUCCAUCGCCUUACAUGGGCUAA